AUGGCGCAUCCCUGUCUUGACGCCUUGGUUGACCUGAAGGCUAUGAUGGCGAGUGCUCGUGGACGUAUCAUUCGGGAGAAACGCUUCUCGGCGUGGGCCAGCGACCCUGGGAAUGUAUCCGAACUGGGAAAGAUGGAGAUAACUCCUGCGGAAAGGUCUGGGAUGAGAUUGGUAUCGGCGCUCGGGUUGAAACCAGCGAGCAGCGCAGUGCCGGCUGAUGCCGUGGACGAUGGGAUUCCCAGGGUGUCCUUCGUGGUGAGCUCACAGGUUGCAGUGGAUGAGGUCGAGGGAGCUGGCUUCGGCAUGGUGGCGAGGGAGGACUUGGAAGCUGGUACGCUCAUUCUCAUGGAUCGACCCGUGGUCUCGGUGAUGGACCAGAAGUUGCUCUCGGAGGACAUCACUGAUACGACGGCUGUGGCUGCUGCUUUGAUAGAGUGA